CGCACGCACGUCCAACACGCACCACGCACGUCCAACACGCACCACGCACGUCCAACACGCACCACGCACGUCCAACACGCACGCACGCCCGGCACUUCCGGCCGCGGCGGCCCGAGCGCCGGCCGGAGGGGACCAGACCACCGGCCCCCGCGAGCGGGAUGAGGCGCUGAGCCGCGGACCCAGCACGGCGGCGCCAUGAACCUCCUGCCGUGUAACCCGCACGGCAACGGGCUGCUCUACGCCGGCUUCAACCAGGACCACGGAUGCUUUGCAUGUGGGAUGGAAAAUGGAUUCCGAGUCUAUAACACCGAUCCACUAAAAGAAAAGGAGAAACAAGAAUUUCUAGAAGGAGGAGUUGGCCAUGUCGAAAUGUUAUUUCGCUGCAACUAUUUAGCUUUAGUUGGUGGUGGGAAAAAGCCGAAAUACCCUCCCAACAAAGUAAUGAUCUGGGAUGACUUGAAGAAGAAGACUGUUAUUGAAAUAGAAUUUUCUACAGAAGUCAAGGCAGUCAAACUGCGGCGAGAUAGAAUUGUGGUGGUUUUGGACUCCAUGAUUAAGGUGUUCACAUUCACACACAAUCCCCAUCAGUUGCACGUGUUUGAAACCUGCUAUAACCCCAAAGGCCUCUGUGUCCUCUGUCCCAAUAGUAACAACUCCCUUCUGGCCUUCCCCGGCACGCACACGGGCCACGUGCAGCUCGUGGACCUGGCCAGCACAGAGAAGCCACCCGUGGACAUUCCCGCACACGAGGGCGUCCUGAGCUGCAUCGCACUCAACCUGCAGGGAACAAGAAUUGCAACUGCGUCUGAGAAAGGGACCCUUAUAAGAAUAUUUGAUACUUCAUCAGGGCAUUUAAUCCAGGAACUGCGAAGAGGAUCUCAAGCAGCCAAUAUUUACUGCAUUAACUUCAAUCAGGAUGCGUCCCUCAUCUGCGUAUCCAGCGACCACGGCACAGUGCAUAUUUUUGCAGCUGAAGAUCCAAAAAGGAAUAAACAGUCCAGUUUGGCCUCAGCGAGCUUCCUCCCGAAAUACUUCAGCUCCAAGUGGAGCUUCUCCAAGUUUCAGGUUCCCUCGGGCUCUCCGUGCAUUUGUGCCUUUGGAACAGAGCCAAAUGCCGUCAUUGCGAUUUGUGCGGACGGCAGCUACUACAAAUUCCUGUUCAACCCCAAGGGGGAGUGCAUCCGAGACGUCUACGCGCAGUUUCUAGAAAUGACCGAUGACAAGCUGUGACUCCCGGCCGGGAGCGCCACAGCACCCACCGCCUGUCCCCUUCAGGCUCUCGGGGCUGGUGCCAGUGCCCCAGGGGCCUCCUGGGCCACGGGCUGGAGGGGCUGCCCAGGGACUUGGUCUUGAAGCCAUACGUGGUUGUCUGCUUUCCUGAGGACUCCCAUUUCCAGUAUUAAAGAGAGAAUCAUCAUCAAGGCACCGUAGGUACUCAGUGGCUGUUCCCAUGAGUUCAGCUGUGACGUCGCUUCAGCAGCUCCACUGCAUCCUCACCUGGCGGGGGCUCCACACAGACCUGGGGACUGGGCUGAGGGUGGACACGGUCAAGUGUGUUUUUGCAACAGAUUCCAUCAUCCUGAGUCUGCUGUGGCGAAGUGAACAAGUGUGUAAAUGUAAGUUCUUACAUUAUCAGCAGAUUUAAAUAGAACACCAGCAGCUUGCCUUAGAAAAGGAGAAUUCCUUCUCCCGUCGGACAUGAAGAAAAAUGACUUGUAGCGAGAACAGAGUGUGAAUGUUUCCCUCGUGUGAGCCCAGCCCGUGGUUUUCUCCCUGCCCACAGCGUGGUCAUCUGUGGCUGUGUGUGGCGUCCCCGUCUCUGUUGGCGCCAUUAGAACAAGACAAACACCAGGCUCGCCCUAGAAGCCGAGCAGUCAGUCCUGGGGCGCGUGUGGGAUGGGGACUCUGCAGGGUGUCCUGGUUACAUUCUGGGUGAAAUCCCAGUUUCCCAGUUUCGUGUAGGGAACAGUGAUGCACAGACUUUGAACAUUCAUUACGGGGGAAAGCAUCCUUGACUUCGGGUCGUCUGCCAGAGCAGGGUCCGGGGGCGCCCACUGCACUUCCCGCUGCUGUGGUCUGCUCUCUCAGCCCCACCUUCUCCCUUCCCCUCAUUUAUAAGAAUAGUCACACACUAACAUUUUGGGAAGGAAAGGCAGACCUUCUUUUUAACAUCUGGUAACUAAAACAGGUUAUGGGCUUUACAUUGUCUGCUACUUGGGGUAUAUAUUUACUUUUCUUAAAUUCCCUUUAAAGAAACUUUAUUUUACGGUUUUGAUUUCAGAUUGCAAACAUAUAAAACCUGCACAGCAGCAAGUUCUCGGUUUUGCUGGUUGCUUUACCGUUACUGUCAUGUAAUCAACUAACUGUGUAUGUGGAUUUUGAUGUAAAGUAUGCAUGUUACUUUUAUGUGUAUUUAAUCAUGAAGUUUAAUUUUGCACACUUAUUUGUAAUGUUUCUUUUAAAUAAAAGUGACUAAUUUUGUUGUACUCUGGACCUGU